AAUCUCAUAUAAUAAAAAAUUUAAUUGAAUUAAUUCUAUAUACUGAAAUAAAAGUAAUAUUUAUAUAAAAUAUCAAAUAAUAUAAAUUAUUGAUAGUAUAGAUAUAUGAAAAUAUAUUUCGGAGACAAUGAUACAUUAUUGUCUAAAGAAAGAAAAGAGAUAAAAGAAAUGAUAUUGUCAUAGUACAGAAUGUAAUGAAUUCCUUUCACAUCUCUUUAGUAAAUAGAGCAUAACAUCUUGAAGUUCUUUAGUUUCUCUUAGUAUUGAAUACUAUUAGUAUUCCAAUAUUUUCUGCUGAUCAUAUAACAUAUGAUUUUGCUAUAUUUUCCAUUAUUAAUUUUAUUUGGUGCCUUUAUGCUAUAAAUCGCAUUGUUACAAUGAUGAAAAAAAAAUAUGUAAACGUAAUGGUUCUAUGGCAACUGUUAAUAAUUAUAAAUAUUAAUGCAAAAACUACACAAAUUCUCAUGCCAAUGAAGAUUGAUAUGCCAAUAGAUUCAAGUUCACAAGCAACAAAUAAUGAAGAAUCACCAGAAAGCAAUGUGAUGAAUGACUUGUUGAAAAAAGGGCAAUUUUUUAGGGAUCUGUUCUCCGAACAAUUAUCAGCGCACGAAAUUGAGUUUGGCCAUGUAUGUGAAAAUCCUGAUGAAUGGGAGCAACGAUUUGAACGAAAAGAUAUGAAAGCAAAUAAUUAUCGUGGAAAGGUAAAAUGGGGAAACAAAAAUGGAGAAUAUGGAGAACAUUAUUGGGAUUUGAAUCAUUAAGUUAAAAUAAUGUUAAAACUCUUUAACAAUUAUAAUAGAUUAGAAUGAAUACUUUAAUAAGCAAACACUUUUAUUAUUAUUUCUACUUGUAAAUUUUGAAGAAUUUAACGUGUUAAAUAAGGUAUGCUUACGUAUGCGCAUUAAUUAACAAUUGUAAAGAAAAUAAUAAUAAUAAAAUAAUAAAUGAAACUAAA